AUGGAAUGGAAAGCGGGCGUGGCACCGACAGAGAGGAGGUCAGGGGAAGUGCUGCUUGAGUUGCUCCCAGUGCUGGCGACGAACGGUCUCGAGCACAGACCUGGGGAAGGCACCCACGAACUUGAGACGAGCGUCUCCACCAGGGACCGCGUCAGGACCUCGAACCUUCUUGUGACCGUUGGCGACGACAGUGGCGAAGCUGGCGGUCGAUCCAACACCUUAACUAGAGGCACCACUGGAGGAAAUACUCUGCAGCGACGCGUUAUGGGUCUCGUCGGACUCGCACUUCUUGGUGAGGACGUUGACUCUGUGGAUGAGACUGUUCAGCGUGUUUUGCUGAUUGGCGAGCGCCGACUGCUGCCCAUAGAAAGAGUUCUUCACCGCGUCAAAACUUUGGAUUGA